AAUGUUGAACAAGGUUUGGCAGCUUUGCAUGGAUCCGUACAGAAACUAAACAAUAACUCUUCUAGUUUAUUGAAAAUUUUAGUCGUUGAUAAUAGUUCAUAACUAUGGUCUGGUUCAGGAUUUAUUGAAGGGGUGACUGUUUCAUGCGAUCCCGUUUACCUUCAUAUUUUUUCUGUGAUUCUUGUUGAAGUGUGUUUCUACUUCCUCGAAUCAAAUGGGCGUGGCUUUGACUGAACAGCAGAGGGGAGGUUAACGUAGGAGACGGUACCGAAAAAAUACAUCGGACAAAAUGGCUUCAUCAAACUUAACAAAAACCUUGGGGAAGGAUGAAGACACAGACAAACAGACUCCGGGUAGAAGAAGAAACUCCAAAGGUGAAGGUCCAGACAUGUCCGUGACCAGGAUUGUGCUGGUGGGGAAGACAGGUGCUGGGAAAAGCUCUUCAGGAAACACCAUUCUGGGGAGGAAGGCUUUCAGAGAUGCCAAAUCUAGCAAAUCUGUGACACAAGAGUGUUGCAAGGAGACAGGAGAGGUGGCAGGGAGACAGGUAGUGAUAGUGGACACACCUGGUAUAUUUGACACUAACCGUCCUGACAGUGACUUGAAGACAGAGAUCAGUAAAUGUAUCAACAUGACGUCACCUGGUCCCCACGCAAUCGUACUGGUCUUAGAUGUGGGCCCUUUCACAGAAGAGGAACAGAACGCGGUUAAGAAAAUCAGUGCGCUGUUUGGAGAAGAAGCUGAAAGGUACACCAUGAUCCUCUUCACCCAUGGAGAUGAGUUGGAUGAUGGCGGCAUUGAGCGGUAUGUCCAUGAAGCUCAGGAAGAUCUCAAGACACUUGUAGACGAGUGUGGUGGAAGGUACCAUGUUUUUGACAACACCAAGGUGGAAAACAGGGGACAAGUGCUGGAUUUCCUGAAGAAAAUUGACCACAUGGUGGAAGUAAAUGGCCAAGACCACUACACCAACAACAUGUACAAGGAGGUGGAGAGAAAGAUUUGUCACAAGAAGGAAGAGUUGAGGAAGCAGUAUGAAGAAGAACUACGGAAGCUACAAGACCAAGAGAACCAACUGCCUCUCGAAUACCAGGAGAAAAGUAAGACGCUACGGGAAGACAUUGAGGCGCUAAAGGAGUCACUUCAAGACAAAGAAAAGAAACUUAAAGACUUGAAGUCUCUGGAGCAAAACAAGAUCCCGUGGAUCGUUGAACAUAUACUUUAUUAUGAGAUGAAGUUGAGGGCUGUGAGAGAGGAAGCAGAACAAAUACAACUUAACAAAGAAAUAUCAACAGACGUUUGUAGCAAGUUACAAGACCUCCAUCUUACACAAUCAAGUGUUGAAUGAUAAACAUUUGAGGGGUUGUGUGUAAACAUGUGAAAACGGUUAAACAUCAAAACUCUCUGCUUUAAUCUGAGGUUAUUGUGAAGCAUUAUCAUACAGUAUACAAUCUGAGCCUGUUUUUUUUAACAUAUAAAACAACAAACGCAAGAGGAGUAAACAAGAGGAGUAAACAAGAGGAGUAAACAAGAUGAGUACAUAAAAAAACCAUCAUGAAAAUAAAAGUUGAAGGAAACAUGUUGAAUUAAGACACGUCAGCUUAGUUUAAAUUGUUGUACUCAACCAGAACCCAAAAUAACAGCUUGUGCUCACUAAUGGUUUCUUUAUUGAUUUCAGUUUCAAUGAAAAGGUCCAGCAGAUAGAAGGCUAUUUGUCUGCACUCUGAGUUUAGAAAUAACUAAACAUUUCUAUGUACAUUUUUUAUGGUGUUUUUACUUUGGUAUUGUCACUACAAUAUUAAAAUGUAAUUUUUAUUUCUUAGUCUUCUAAUUGUAUUGUUAUUGACUCUGUAUAAAUAUUCAAAAAAGCAUAACAAAAAAUUGGGGAACUGAGGGAAUUGUGCAAAUUGAUUUGGUUUGAUCAGAGGGAAAAUAUGAAAUGUUUGUAAUUUUGAAUUGAAUGAAUACCUUUUAUAUUUCAGAUGAAACAUACACCAAUUUGUCAUGAUUUACAGGUCUGCAAAUUCAGAUAAAUUCAUAUUUUUUAUUAAACAAAUAGGGUAGG